AUGGAAAAGACCCAUCCUGAAUGUUAAGUAUUUUCACCAUAAUGCACAACUAAUGGAGCUAUUUACAUCCCUAUUACAUCAUAUACAAGCAUAUAAUUAAAGACCUCUUGUGCUGUCGGAACUGAUGGAACUUGUGGAUGUUUUACCUGCUGGAAAAUGUUAGAUUUUUGCAUAAUUCACAGAUGUUAUUGCUAACUAGCUAAAGUUAUCUUGCAGAUGGAUGUAGUAGCUAAAAAAACGAGAACUUUGGUCUGA